UGAGGCUCGCCGAGUGACACCAUGAGCUCCAAGGUGUGCAAGAACUGCGGCAGCUCGGACAUCGACGUGGACCAGGCCCGCGGAGAUGCCGUCUGCAUGACCUGCGGCUCCGUGCUGGAGGACAACAUCAUCGUGUCCGAGGUGGAGUUCGUGGAGACGGGAGGCGGAGGGUCGUCGGCUGUCGGACAGUUUGUCUCCACUGACGCUGGAGGAAUCAACCCGUCUUUUGGGGACAACCACUUCUCAGGUGUGGGGAGGGAGUCCAGAGCUCAGACGCUGCAGAGAGCGAGAAUGAACAUCAACACUCUGGGUCACCAGCUGCAGAUGAACAAGCACUGUCUGGACACGGCCUUGAACUUCUACAAGAUGGCGCUCAUGAAGCACCUGACCAGCGGACGCAAGAACUCCCACGUGGUCGCCGCAUGCCUCUACCUGGUCUGCCGCACCGAGGGAACGCCGCACAUGCUGCUGGACCUCAGUGAUAUCCUGCAGGUGAACGUCUACAUGCUGGGAAGAACCUUCCUGGUGCUGUCCAGAGAGCUGUGCAUCAACGCCCCGGCUAUAGACCCGUGCCUCUACAUCCCCCGCUUCGCCCAGCUGCUGGAGUUCGGGGAGAAGAACCACGACGUGUCCAUGACGGCCAUGAGGCUGGUGCAGAGGAUGAAGAGGGACUGGAUGCACACAGGACGAAGGCCGUCGGGACUCUGUGGGGCAGCUCUUCUGGUCGCUGCUCGUAUGCACGACUUCCGCCGCACCAUCAAAGAAAUCAUCAGCGUUGUAAAAGUGUGUGAAACCACGCUGAGAAAAAGACUGACGGAGUUCGAGGACACGCCCACCAGUCAGCUGACCAUCGAAGAGUUCAUGAAGAUGGACCUGGAUGAGGAGUGUGACCCGCCCUCCUUUACUGAAGGACUGAGGAAGAAAAAAAUCAAUAAGCUGGAGGUCGAGCUGAAGAAGAAGAUGAAUGACGUCGAAGAUGAAAUUCAGGUCUACCAGGAUGAAAUAGACGCAGAGCUUCAGAGCUGUCGACCCAAACUGAGAGGAGUUUACGCCGCCUACGCUAAAGAAGGCAUUGACAAAGACGACGGCGACGACCGCUCCACGUCGCCUCUGAUGCUGGACUGCGAGGAAGCAGAAGCAGAAGACGAGGACGUGCUUCAGGCCGUGGCCAAACACUUUGGCAAAGAGCUCGGCGAGCUCACGCUGGAGGCCCUGAUGAAACUGGAGCAUAAGGGACCGGACCAGGAGGAUGAGGAGGAGGAUGAGGACCAGGAGCUAGAGGGGGACAUCCCAAAGAGAAAAGCCCCGUCGCUGCAGUCCAUCCUGGGCCCCAUGCCCACGGCGGCCACUCUCGGCCUCCCCGAGGGCAUCGGAGACGGGAAGGGGAACGAUGGUGAUGCUGACGGCGGGGAACUGGACCUGAGCGGGAUAGACGACAGUGAGAUAGAGCUGUAUCUGCUGAGUGACCAUGAAAUCCAGGUGAAGACGGCGCUGUGGAUGGCAGAAAACUCAGACUACCUCAAAGAGCAGAAAGAGAAGGAAGCAAAGAUAGCGAAGGAGAAGGAGCUCGGGAUCUACAAAGAGAAGAAGGCCAGAGGACCCUCGAGGAAGCACCCUCCGAUCCGAGCCAACACCGCGGACGAGGCCAUCGGGAAGAUGCUGGAGCAGAAGAAGAUCUCCACCAAGAUCAACUACGACGUCCUGAAGGACCUCAACAUCAAGCCCCCCGCCAGCCCGGCCCACAAGGACGAGACCCCGAAGAGGGAGCCGUCCGCCGCCAGACUGACGGGACGCAACCGCAAUCCUCCUCGAACUCCUCUCAGCCUCAGCACGCCGCUCAGCAGCCUGGGGAAGAGGUUGCAGCCGUUCAUCACCGGACAGCCCAGCAAGAAGCUCGCUGUGGAGCAGAUUGCCACCUUCAGCCCCCUGCCGGUGCCCGUGGGAGCCCCCGCCAGCGGAGUGUUGGUGGAGAGCGGGCCGGUGGUCUACGACGACGCGGCCGGCGAAGAGGACGACGACGAGGAAGAGGAGGCUUGUGUCAGUGCCAUGGACCUGAUGGGCAGCAACGAUUAUGGCAGUGAUGUCGAUUACGAGGACUGAUUGUAGCAGCGGUCUUCUCCGGGUUUUUAAUCCCCGUCUCGUACGGAACCAUUCUGAAUCCUUAAGUGCAUCAAACGUUAACCACCGGGGACACAAAAUGGCAGCAGCCUCAGAGCGGAGCUGUGAUGGUAAGAGCAAUGAGGAAGUCCCAUCAGGAGUGAACGGGAUGGAAACAAAAGCUGGACACGCAUCCUCACUCCUUGUACCAUUUGGCAUCCCAGCUGGACCGAACUGGGAGGACGCACCGCUUGGAUGCUGACGGAGAAGUUCAAGGGGAAAUGAGGGAUGUAGUUAUGUUAAUCAUUGUGGCUCACAAGCCGCCCGCAGUGAUGAAACUGUAAAAUCAAACGUAGGAAAUAUUCCAGUAAACAUUGGUUUGUUGAGACGCAGGUCCGACGACAUUUAGGUUCAAACUGUCAGACGACUAGGAUCCAAAUAACUGCCGUUUCAACUGUUGUUUAAAGAAUACUUCUCCCACAAAAUGACCAUUUCUAUAUUAAUUACUCGCCUCUUCCCGCAUGCCUCCACGGUAAACAGAGAAUCACAAAAACAGAGAAAAGUCAGUAAAACUACAUCAAAACAUCCGUUUACAAAGAUGAUUGUUUGAUGGGUUUGACUCGGCAUGACCGUGUGCAUCUAAAUGUAUUUUGUUGCUUAAGUUAAAAUGCAUGAGUUAUGUGAGAGUUUGCAAACAGAUGUGUUGAUGUAGUUUCAAACGUUUACUUCUAUUCAAUUCCUCCGUUUGUUUUUUGAGUCUUUGGUCACCGUGGAGGUUUAAAAUCUAAUUUUACUUCAAUAAUUCAAAGUGACACACGGCGAGUCAUUUAUAUACUAAUGCUUAUUCUUUUAAAUGACUCUAUUCUAAUGUGAAGUAAGAACCGGCUUCUCAUAGAAAUAAAGUGAUUUAAAUGCUGCUGAAACAUUUAUAGACGCCGAAGAAAACAUCACUUUUUAACUAACUCUAAGCUGGAAGUGUUUUUUCUCCUGCAGAACACUGAAUCAGUGUUUACUGAGUUGAACAAAAUGCAAAAACGUACGACCCUUAAACUCUCACUCUGCGUUCACAACACUCGAGUGCUUCCUGAUAACUAACACAUCUCAAAGCUAGCAUCCUAAACUGUGUCUUUGUCCAUAAAGAAGCAUCCAACAGCCAGGUAACACACGUCCUGUGGUCAAACUGCUCGCAUCAAUGUCGCACAAUGAUGUCGCCUUCUGAACAAUUCAUAAGUCCAAAAAAUAGUUUAGUUUCAGAUGUUAGUUUUAGGAAUCAGAUGGUUCGAUUAGUUUUUAAGUUGCUAUUGAUUUUGGGUUUUCUUAAGUUUUUUUGGUUGAUGGAUUUAAUUUAUGAGAUUGUGUUAAAUAUUCUUCAGCUGAGCCGGGGUUGUAAAUACAUUCUCUGCAAUAUUAUAUUUUCCACGCGAGUGAAAUGGACCCCGAUCAGAGAAGAGAUCUAUAUUUUGUAUUUAUGCUUUUAUGAUUUUUGUGUUGGGAUCAGACACGGUGUCUAAUGAUUGUGCUGCGAUUUAAAGUUACAUCUGCAUAUUGUUGUGUGCGUUCGCUCUACAGUAAAGACUUCACAUGAGGGGAAAAAACACGCGUUUGUUUCUUUUUAUUGAUGUUUAAAAGUCUCAUGAACUCAUGUUCACUAUCUUUUUGUUGACCU